CAUGCACGCAUUGCCUUCACCCUUGGCCGCCAGAAUACCACCAUGUAACUCUCGAGAACUAUCAAUCCAGGCUAAGACUAUUGACCGUUUUAGCUAUCCAGGGCGAGUGCGACGGGUCGUUUAAUCUUUGGACAAACCUCAAACCGGCGACUAUGGCGUCUUGGUUGAUGAAGAAUGUGAAGGAUGGCUCCCUCAUGAAGGGCGUGAAGGACGGGUCGCGGCGGUGAGAGCGCUAGGCAUACUCUCUUCCGGACGUCAACUAGGUGCUGAUGGUUGUUCCUUUACAGGCUGAAGGACGAGAUUGCUCGGUCGAUUGGAGCUGGCUCCGAAGGUGGCCUUGAUCCGGUGCUGGAAUAUCGUACCCAAAGGUGUGAGCAAAGAACUAAAAGUCAGAGCUUAGUCUUAACACAAUCUGCAGAUUUAACCGCUACAAUGAUCGACUGGAGGAGCUUUCUAAGGCAAUGACGCACUACACAAAUGCAACACACGCAUACGCUCAAGCCACAGCGCAGCUGAUGCACGCGUCUUCGGCUUUCUUUGAGUCUCAAAUGCAGGACGCUCAGGAAGUCGAGUCGGGUGAUCAGACUCCAGGAGUUAAAGCUCUCGCCCAAAGCUCCCUCCGUGUGGAGGAGAUACAGCAGUCAUUGCAGCAAAACGUGUUCGACGUGGCUCAAUCUCUACAGUAUCGAACGGUGGUUCAACCACUGCAGGAACUACGAGGCAGCAAUGCCGGUCUGAGCCAGCAGCUCCGAAAUCUGAAGCAAAAGCUGAACGACUUCGAUUCGGCUCAGCGCAGUGCUGAAGCGCAGAAAAGGAGUCCACCAGACUUCGAGAAGGCUCAGCAGAAGCUGCAAGCCGCGACUGCCUCCCUGUCAGCCGUGGCAGAAAGUGUCGACGCAGAUAUGAGCGUGAUCGAGGCUCGUCGCGACUCGGCUCUCAAGAAUGAGCUUCUCACUGUCGUAGCCUCACAAAUCUUCAUCCACUCCCGCGCUAACGAACAUCUCCAGCAAUUGGUGCCUCUCCUUCCUGGUGUGGCCAAGCCGCUCAUCUUGUUACUCGCCGAGUCUGCGCGCCGUCGUCAACCUAUCAAUCCAGCCACAUCGGACGUGAUGGGUGUGAUCUCCUACAGUGGCGAAUACUCCCGAGGUACUCUGGAUCAACCGCUUCGCAGCCACCGAGAGGCACUCGUGGAUGUUGCUGCCGUACACCCGAUUGCAAUGGCACCGUUCAAGGAGAUGCAUAUCGCUGAGAAGAUGGCGGUCAGCACCUACGGUCGGCGACAACAGUGAACAUCCUCAACUUGACGGACAACUUCAACCAUCAAGAAACUGUAGCCAUGUCUGUGCUGGUGGUCCAUGUCCUCCCAUAGUGAACUGCAGUGUAAACUGUCCGGUUGAAAGUGUCCCUUAUCCGAAUACACCUCUAUUUCAUCCAA